GUCCCGGUCUCCCAUUCUCUUCCUUUGUGUUAAAAACCCUAUUUCCCAUCUCCAACCAUCACUGAGCUAUUUCCACUUUAUCAGUUACUCUCACUUACUCUCACUAAUACAUCUUUCUUCAACUCUCUAGAAUCAUGGGAAAGGUCAAGAUCGGAAUCAACGGUUUUGGAAGGAUCGGAAGGUUGGUGGCGAGAGUUGUCUUGCAGAGGGAUGAUGUUGAGCUUGUUGCUGUUAACGAUCCAUUCAUCACCACUGAUUACAUGACGUACAUGUUCAAGUAUGACAGUGUUCACGGUCAAUGGAAGCACCAUGAACUCAAGGUUAAGGAUGAUAAGACUCUUCUCUUUGGUGAGAAGCCCGUCGCUGUCUUCGGUGUUAGGAACCCAGAAGAGAUUCCAUGGAGUCAGACUGGAGCCGAGUACAUUGUGGAGUCAACUGGAGUCUUUACUGACAAGGAUAAGGCUGCUGCCCAUUUGAAGGGUGGUGCUAAGAAAGUCAUCAUCUCAGCCCCUAGCAAGGAUGCUCCUAUGUUUGUUGUGGGUGUUAAUGAGCACGAAUACAAGCCAGAGCUUGACAUUGUGUCCAAUGCUAGCUGCACCACCAACUGCCUUGCUCCCCUAGCAAAGGUUAUUCAUGACAAGUUUGGCAUUGUCGAGGGUUUGAUGACCACUGUCCACUCCAUCACAGCCACACAAAAAACUGUUGAUGGGCCAUCAAUGAAGGACUGGAGAGGUGGCAGGGCUGCUUCAUUCAACAUUAUUCCUAGCAGUACUGGGGCUGCAAAGGCCGUGGGAAAGGUGUUGCCUUCUCUGAAUGGAAAAUUGACUGGAAUGGCUUUCCGUGUACCCACUGUUGAUGUCUCAGUGGUUGACCUCACAGUGAGACUGGAGAAGGGAGCUUCUUAUGAUGAGAUUAAAGCAGCUAUCAAGGAGGCUUCUGAGGGAAAACUGAAGGGUAUCUUGGGAUACACUGAAGAUGAUGUGGUUUCCACCGACUUUAUUGGUGACAACAGGUCAAGUAUCUUUGAUGCCAAGGCUGGUAUUGCUCUGAGCAAGAACUUUGUGAAGCUUGUCUCGUGGUACGACAACGAAUGGGGCUACAGCACACGUGUCGUUGAUCUGAUUGUUCACAUGUCAAAGAGCCACUAAGUGGCAUGGGUAUCUAAUAUGCCUGCUUGAUCGGAGUGUGGUGUUUGCGUCUUAUGUAGAGGCAGCUGAGUUGAAAUAAAAUUGUUUUGAAGACAAUAUCAAGAGUUUUUCCCUGCAUCUUUGGGCAGGGUUAUCGUUGUUUAGUUCAGUCAAAUAGUUUUUCCUAGAACACCUGUUCACAAGAAGGCUUGAAUUGGAAACUUAAAGGAAUUGGGUUAUAUAUUUUUGUUCAGUUAGUAUUGAAUCCCAGUUGUCCGACUGUUUUCUAUAUCUUCCUUCCCUUUGUUAAUAAUAAGCGGGCAGAUUUUAUUCCUUAGUCUA